AUGAACCUCAGCAGCACUAGUAGCACGGGGGAAAAGACAGUGACCGCCGCGCUUUGGGGCUGUGAACUCAGUCAGGAGAAGCGGACUUGGACCUUCAAACCCCAGCAGGAGGGCAAGCAGGACAGUAAACUGCUGCUUCACACGAUUUGCUUGGGGGAAAAAGCUAAAGAGGAGCUGAACCGCGUGGAGAUCCUACCUGCGGGGAGCCAGGAGGACAAGAAGAUGCCGCCGGUCACCAUCGCCUCGCUUCAGGGUUCGGUCCUGCCCAUGGUCUCCAUGAUGAAAUUAGAGCUUUCUCCUCCAGUCACUUUUCACCUCCGGGCUGGCUCAGGACCUGUGUUCCUAAGUGGCCAGGAAUGUUAUGAACCUUCAGACGUAACCUGGGAUGAGGAAGAGGAGGAGGAGGAGGAAGCAGAAGAAGAGGAGGAAGAAGAGGAAGAAGAAGAGGAGGAUGCAGAAAUAUCUAUAGAUGAGGACCUCCCGGUCAAACAAAUCAAAAGGCCGGGGAGCCAGAAGCAGGCGAGUGCUGCUAAGAAAAAAAAGCUGGAAAAAGAAGAACUAUCCAGAUCCAUUGUUAGAGGCAAGAGCCCAGCGAGGAAGACCAAACUCAUGGCCAAACCCAAGAAGCUGGGGUCUAAGAAAUGA